UGUUUAUAUACCAAUUACGAAGGACGAAAAUCCGAUAGAACCGAAAUAGCAGGUCAAUUCUUUCUUUAGGGCACAUCGACAAAACCCUAACCCUUCGUGGUCGUCGCAUUCUUCAUCUCUGUUCCCAGACUCAACAUCAAUGUCGGAUUCUCCAGUAAGAAGGAAUUCAAGGUCUCCUUCUCCAUGGAGAGCUCAGUCACGAUCCAGGUCUAGGUCUCCAAGGCCUAAGUCUAGGUCCCCGAGGCCUAAGUCAAGGUCCCCAAGGGCUAAGUCUAGGUCCCCCCGGCCUAGGUCGAGGUCCCCAAGACCUAGGUCUAGGUCAAGAUCGCUUGAGAAGCAAAGGCCCAGGUCCUGCUCCAGAAGCCGUGGCAGGUCAAGAUCAAGGAGUCCUGAGGAUAGAAAUGGUGGGAAUACUCUUUAUGUGACUGGGCUAUCUUCAAGGGUCACUGAGAGAGACCUAGAGGAGCAUUUCGCUAAGGAAGGAAAAGUUGCUUCAUGUUUUCUCGUGGUGGAGCCUCGAACACGUAUUUCUCGUGGAUUUGCUUUUAUUACGAUGGACACUGUUGAGGAUGCAAACCGCUGUGUCAAGUAUCUCAAUCAAUCUGUUUUAGAGGGUCGCUAUAUCACUGUUGAGCGGUCACGAAGAAAGAGGCCGAGGACUCCUACACCUGGACAUUAUCUUGGGCUGAAAAGUACCAGAGAUAGAGACUAUGGACAUCGUGGUGGUGACCGAGGAAGGUAUCGAGGUGGAGGUGGAGGUGGAUCUGGCCGUGAUGAUUACCAACACCGUCGGUCUCCAAGGCGUUCACCAUACAGAGGUGGCAGGGAUUAUUCCCCAAGGCGCUCCUCCCCCUAUGCUGGAAGAUCUCGAAGGGAAAGGUCUAGGUCUCUUCCUUAUUCUCCAUAUGCUAGCCCAGAUAGGAGGUAUGCUCGUGGGUCUAGGUGAUGUUUUUCGUUACCAUGUUCUGACUGUUGAAGUUUUAAGAGGGAAAGCAAAAAUUUGUGUAAUUGUUCUGGUACCUUGACUAUCAGUUUAUGACUUUGUUCCUGUAUGUGAUGUUUGCUGUAUUGUUAGUCCUCUUAUUGAUGCAUAUCUUUAAUACUUGUUCGUUGGCACAGGAGAUAGAAAUGGACAAAAAUGUUUGAAACAUUACUGGCUAUUUAGCUGUGAAAAUAUUCUGUUUUUAUUUUCUA